AUGAGAGGCUUAUCAAAACCCUUUUCUGGCACAUUAAUUGCUUUCACACUAUAUACUCCCCUUAUUACCCUAUAUGCCACCUCUGGGGGGUGUGCAGAUCGGAUAUCACACCUUCCUGAAUCUAUUCUUCACCACAUACUCUCUUUUCUUAAUAAUACUCCUGCAGACCUUGUUCGUAUGAGCGUACUCUCUAACACCUGGUUUCGCCUUACCGCUUCUUUCGCGGUUUUAAAUUUCAAUAUAGCUAAUUUUACACAUGUAUCUCGCCAAAGUUUCUUCAAGUAUCUUGAUUAUGCCACGUCUAGAUUUUGCUUUGAAAAUCUCCCUGCACACACGUUUAAGCUCGUUACAACUGUCCUAGAGCCAGCAGAAUUAGAUGUUAACAGAUGCCUUGAAUUACUUCUUCAGAAAGGCAUGAUCAGGGAGUUGGAGAUUGACUUGUCUUAUUUCACCAACUCAUCAUUAGAUGUUCCAAAGUAUCAUUUGCCUAACAUACUCUUAUCUGUUUCUACGUUAAGAUCUUUGACCAUAUGUGGCUGUGACUUGCCUUCUUCCUUCAUGCUUGAUGCUGUCAACUUUAAGUCUUUGAUUCAGUUGAGACUUGAAAACGUCCUCAUAUAUGAUGAAGUGAUCACGUAUCUCGCCACUAGUUGCCCUCUUCUACAAGUAAUUCAGAUUAGAUGUUGCCCAGGUUUCAUAAGGUUUUGUGUUCAUGGGCAUCAAAAUCUUCAACAAGUUAAGAUUCAGUAUACCACCACUCCAGUUGAGAGACUAGAUAUUGAAGCUCCAAAUCUAUCUUCUCUUUUGAUAGUAGAUGCGUACGGAAGAGGGGCGCCGCUAAUGAACUUGGCUUCAUGCAAAAAACUAACACAAGUGGUUUACAUUGGGAAUCCCUUACCAAACUCUAAUGCUUUUCGUGAUUUCUUAUCCAACUUCCCCUUCGUUGAAACUUUGGGUUUGUAUACUCACAAUGAAUGCAACAACCUCAUGUUGUCAAGUCAUUCUUUGAGGACCCUAGUGUUGUGUUCAAACUGUGGUUUGGAAGAAAUCGAGUUUACAACCCCCAAGUUGGUUUCAUUUCGUUACACUUGUAGUUCUAGUCGACUCUUGCCUAUGGUUAUGGAUAACCACUGGACUUUGUCAAGGGAUUCAACCCACUUGAAAGCACGUAUGUGUUGUUAUCCUGGUGGUUAUAUAGACACUCUUUGGUUCCAGAAGUUAAGGUACUUUUUAAGCAAGAAAAAUGGAUUCAAAGUUUUCAACUUGCAUAUUCACGGCAGAUAUAGUCAGGUUCAUUUUUUUGGCCAAUUGUUUAUGCAUUAG